AUGGAGUCUCCCAUGGACACCUCGUCAAGUGCGGACAUGACAACCUCCGAGGCACCAUCCACCUCGAAUAAUACGAUGACAUCAACGUACAUGGCACUUUGGGAUUAUGAGGGAACUGAAUUGAGGAACUGGGUGCAAUCAAUCAAUUCCAUAUUCAAAGAUCCAAAAAAGGUUCCACCGCAACUUGCAGCACAAGCUUGGUCCAAUUUAGAAUACGCCUUGAAUUCACUUCAAACCAAAACGACGGAAGUGAAUAUUGCACAACAUAAUUCUUCCGAGCCUCCGCCAUCCAAACGAAUCAAGACGGAAAAUGGGAAACGGGCAACCACUCGUGUCAAGUAUGAACUGGUGGAUCCUUUCAACUUGAUCGUUCACAGCAUUCGCAAGCCCGACGAUGGCGACGAUGUGACGUAUGAAGACAUGUUGGAAGACGCAGCAAAGGAACUGAAAAAAUCGAGCGGUGGUAAACUCAGUCAGCUGCUCUUGUCUGGGAUUGCGAACGGUAUGGCAGGGAUCCAAGGCGGGCUUGUCCAAGAUCGCUCCUGGACCGUGAAUCCUGCUGUUACCAACACGGAACAGAUUCCGUCCGCGGCGAAUGCGUCGCUUCAGCAGCUCAAGCAAGUGGCACUUGCCCUCCAUUUGGCCAUUCAAACGCGCAUGGAAACGGAUGUCUUGGUCACUACACCAAUUCGUAUCCAAGAAAUGCUCGCUUCGGAUUUGCAGCCUGCCGAAUUCAAGUCUGUUCGAAGGCGUAUUUACGAGACUGUUAUUUUGGGAAAGGGAAUCGGGCGACCUAUGAUAGAGGGAGAGGACUUGCCCACAGCAAAGUCCACUGGGGUGCACGAGAUUGAGAAAUACAAGAGAUGCAAAUCUUGCGGCAACAACGACCAAUCCCUAUUUAUUUUGGAUCGUAAGAAUGGUGAUGUGAUUUGCAGCAGCUGUGGUACGGUAGCCAGCGAGGCACUCAUGCAUGAAGGAAGUGCCUACCGUAAGUUUGAGGGUGAAGCUGACCGUAAUCAUCAUGGAGACUCUGCAAAUCCACUCUACAGUAACGCACACAACAUGUCCACGACGUUGGGAGGCAUUCAGGUCACCACUGGGGCAGGACUUGGUGGCUUUGGAUCACAGAACAAGGGGCUCGAAACAGUGCUACGUAAUGCGCACGCCUAUACUGAACUUAAUAUUUCCCAGUUCGGAAAGGGAGAUCGACGUACACGUAUUGGAUACAAGGACAAACAAAAGAAGGACGCCUUUAUGCAAAUGGCGCACGUCGGAGAUGCACUGAAUUUGCAUGAGGCCGUUGUGCAGCGAGCCAAAGAACUUUUUGCUGGCUUUCGUGACGAUCGUGAAUUGGUUCAACAAUUCAAGGCUGUCAUUGCUGCCUGUCUAUGCGAAGCCUUUGAUCAAUUAAGCUCUGCUGGGCGGCAAAUAUUGAAACAAAAGGAAGAAGCUGCCCCGGCUGACACCUUUGUUAAUAAACGGGCAUCACGGCGCAGUGAUAUGCAUCACGCGAAUCUGGCAGGUAAAGGAGGCAUCCUCUUGGAUUUUGCAACCGUCAAGAAGGAAAACGAGGAUAAGGCAAAGGACAACCAAUUGAUUGGAGUCGAAGCAAAGCCAGCCCCUAAGUGGGAAUUGGACGAUUGCCGUUCGUGGUUGCUCGAAGCCUCACGAUCAAUUGCCAAGCAAUGGAUUGAUGAUCGUGAGAAAGGAACUAAGGGGGUCCCGACUGGCACACAAGAAGAAAUGGAAGGGAAACUGGUAGAGAACGCGAUUACGCUGUGCGACUUGCUGGAGGCUGAACUGCGUCAGCAGCAAACCAAAGGGAAUGGACGAGUUGUCACACCAAGAUUGAACGAUAUGGCUAAACUUGGAAUCAAAUGGCAACACGCUCACGAACGCGGGUCUGGUGGAAAAGGUGGAGUAGGCAAUAGCGGGAAGCACAACACUCCGUUGCGAAGAGGGGGACGAACAGCUGGUCAAAUUUUGAUUCUCAAAUCUGCAAAAAAGCUAGGUUUGAUGUUGAAGGACAAUGUUGCUGGCACCGCAAUCCAUAAGGAGCUAAGAAGUUUAGUGGGCAAGCAAGAAGCUAAAAAACAGAAACUGAUGCGAGAGGAAGCGACCCGGCAGCGUAUGGCUCAAAUGAAGAGGAAAAACUAUCUGCAAAUCAAAGCACUUUCAUAA